AUGAAAGCCCUCUGGUGGGUAGCCAUCGCCCUCGCCCUUCGUUCCUUGCUCGGUUCCUCCCGCGGCUCAUCCAGGGAUCAAGAUCGCCAUGAAAAUGGGGGUAGACGUUAUGAUUCGCGGAGACAAAGAGAAAGAACUAGGAGUAGUGAGCGAUAUGAAUACGAUGGAGAUGCGGGAGAUUUCGAGAGAUUGAGUGGAUUAGGCGAGACUCUUCUCGAUCUUUUUGGAACGGAAACGAAGAGUAAAAGUAAGAGUAAGGUUAGAGGAGAAAGGAGAAGUGGGAGUGGAAGUGGAGGAGGACAGGGGGGCAGGAGAAGGAGAGGUAGUUUUGCUUAUUAG